AAAAUACAAUUCAGGACUACGAAUCCCAACAUUCCGUACUUCCUGCGAAGGCAGAGCUUGCUUCACUGUUGUCUACAACUGGUAUUUCUUUCCUCUAAUGAUGUGCUGUAGCUGUUGCUGCUGCUGCUUGCGCGAACGGGCUGAGUAAUUGAAAACAGCAGUUUGCAUUCGCAAAGAGUCUCGCUCUCUUCCCUUAAAGGCGCAGGCGGAGCUGUGAGACAGAAAACGGGAAUUAUUGUAAUAUUUUAUUUUUCAUUGGAUGCAAGGAUAGAUAGAUAGGAUGUGAAACAAUCAGUUGAACAUUUUGAAAACGCCAUUUUGCGGGCUUAUUUUCUUUUUUUGUGUGUGUUCCCGCCCCAUCUGUUAUAACACUCCUAAGAAGUGAUAGAACACAAUGGCUUCCAAGUUUCUGCGAGCUGUCGUCUUGGGCCCCCCAGGCUCUGGCAAAGGAACAGUGUGCGAGAGGAUUGCUAAGAGCUUUGGUCUCCAGCAUCUUUCCAGUGGGCAGUUCUUAAGGGAGAACAUCAGAGCAAACAAUGAUGUCGGUAUAUUGGCAAAGCAGUUUCUGGAGAGAGGCCUUUUGGUGCCAGAUCAUGUGUUCACACGUGUAAUGAUAACAGAACUGGAAAAGAUGCAGACCCAGCCUUGGUUACUUGAUGGUUUUCCGAGGACAUUGGGCCAAGCUGAAGCACUUGACAUGAUAUGUGAAUUGGAUUUAGUGAUAAGCUUGAACAUCCCUUUUGAGACCCUAAAAGACCGCCUAAGUGCUCGUUGGAUUCACCCAGCUAGCGGGAGAGUUUAUAAUAUGGAAUUCAACCCUCCUCAUGUACAUGGAGUUGAUGAUGUUACUGGUGAGCCAUUAAUUCAACGGGAAGAUGAUAAACCUGAAGCUGUUGCUGCCAGGCUUAGAAAAUACAAAGAUGCUGCAAAGCCGGUAAUUGAAUUGUACAAAAACAGAGGGAUCCUACACUCAUUCUCUGGGACAGAGACGAACAAAAUAUGGCCUUAUGUAUACUCUCUGGUGUCCUGCAAGAUUCCUCCACUCCAAGCAGAAGAAGCAAACUAACCAUUUCCAAAACAGCAACAACAGUUAAUAUAGUCAAUUUUGGGUUUUUGUUAAAGUUUGUGGUGUGUUGUGCUGUAUCUGUGCUCUGCCUUUUUUAGGAAGCAGUUGUUCUCCCUGAUUUUACUGGAGAACAGCUGUGGAAAUACAGCUAUAACGAACAUCAUCAUAUUUGAAAAAUACUAUCUAUGGAAUCCUAGUUCUCAGCAUAUUAAGUACUUGUGCAUGGACUUCCAAGUAAUCGUAACUGGUUAUGCACAGCCAGAUAUGCCUUAGCAGGUUUAUAGAAUUUGCUGUCUGUUCCAUCCAGUGACAACUAGUUCUUCUAUAUAUACAAAGUACCAAUUAAUGAAUGUUGGGAAAUGUUUUCCUUGAUCUAACACCCCGUGACAUUUUAAAAACAGGCACUACUCUAAAUGCAUCUGCAAUGCAACAAGCACUGUGGAAUAUACAUGUAUUUUUUAGAGGUCAAAUAAUGAAAUGUGUGUUUGAAUAUUAAUAAAUGGAGAAUGGAAA